CGGUAUUGUUACUCUCCUCCGAGACUGGUUCAAGAGAUUAUAAUUUUCAUUUCGAGCUUAGAAAAUAUUGGAAAGAGAGAAAUCUGGAGACAUCGCUUUGUUGGUCAUGUUGGUUGGGUGGUCAGUUAGAUAGUCAAUCAUUUCAAGUGAGUUGACGCCAAAAUACCUUAAAGAUAAACCACAAGUCCCAUCGAAACGACCAGGAUGGACAGGAGAAGCUUCGUAUUAAUACUUGCUGCCAUCAUAUUUCCAGUGUUGAGUGCUAAGGCUACCGAGGACCUUUACCCAGAUGAGGACCUAUCUGUUGCCGCUGCAGAGGUUGCUAAGACUACCGAGGAACUUUACCCAGAUGAGGACUUGUCUGUUGCCGCUGCAGAGGUUAUAGAAGUGCUGCCGACCGUAACUGUUCGCGGAUUUUUGAAUUUUAGGACUACAGUUGAUAACACUGUCAUUGUGUUCACGCCGGCCAAUUCUGGAACAAAGAACUCCCCUUCUCCAUCUCGUACCCUUCCCCCCUCAGCAUCCUCGACCAUAAAACCCGAUAAUGCAGAAAACUCGAAAAUUCAAGAUUUGGCUUACUCCGAUAGCCCACGGAUUUUAAAAGCAGACCACGAUCUCGAAAACGCAGUAAGAGAUUCUUAUGAUCCAAAACCUAUACAUAAUGUAUUUCGCUCCACUCCUGGGACUUCUAAGAAGCUGCACCUGGCUACAAGCACACAAGCAGCACCAACUGUUGCACAGCAACGCACUCCCGUUUUGCCACAAUAUCCCACAGGCCUGGUAACUGUGGUAACGGGAAAAAACGUGCACGAUGGAACAACAUUUCUUCAAGAAACAAGUGUAAUUGGGACUUAUAUUGAUGGUAAGUAUGCACAAAUCCUGAAGAGUUCUUCCAAAAUAGGUAUUCCUUUAACCAGCACUUCCAGCCCCUCGACCAGUACUCGAACUAAUAUAAAACCUUCUCCAUCAAAGGCGAUACAGUUUACGACUAGUAGUGCUACCUUGGUAAUUAACAACAAAGACAGACCAGUCCUCUCGAACUCGAAACAGGCAACAACAAUAGAAAUUCCACUAGAUCGCCAUGUUGAACAAAGGCAAAAUAUUGUUGACCGCAAGAAAGACGAAGGUAUUGUUAGCAACGCUGUCUUGCAAUCUUCUUUCAAGCCUGUGGAAACUGGCCAACAUUGGUCAAGCAACCCCACACAAUCGCUGGACGCUGAACGCACAAGCACCUCCAGAAGACUAAGAUUUCGUCCUCGUCCAACCACAUCUAAGUCUUCAAAUGAGGAAAAUACUUUACUAAAAUUACGAAGCUUGAGAAGACCAACAGAACGAUUUCGAUAUGUUCCUCGACAAAAAACUAACCCACGACGGUUCAACUGAAUCGGUUCAAAGUGAGGCUGAGGAAUCGUCCUGAUGAACACCAGAGAAAAGAUAACCUGGAAACAGAGACAGAAGAAAUCGAAGAGGAAGAUGUCGGUGUUAUUUCUGAACAUCCUUUGAUUUCAGUGGAC